GCCUAACAAGUAGGGUACGUUGAGGUUGAUCCCAGCCAGUUAGCAGCUGUAUCAUAGGUCUGGCAAAGAUGGGUGUGCUUACGAGCGUUCUUGAUACGAUCUUCCUCAUAUACUUUGCGCUCCACAUUCCCACAACGAUCCUUGUGGAUAGCCAGAGCGUGAUUCCUGCGGAAUAUUUCCCACCUUGGGCCAAGGAGCUACUUCAGUGGCACAUAGAUACCAACGGCGACCACCUGGUCUCCAAGAACCCCGUGUGGUUCAAGUCCCUGGUCGCCUGUGAGCUUGCUCUCCAACUCCCCCUCUUCUUCGUGAUCACCUAUGGCUUCCUUCGCCGCCGCAAUUGGAUCCGCAUGCCGUGCAUCCUGUACGGCACCCACGUGGCAACCACCAUGGCUCCCAUCCUAGCUGACAUUCUGUUCGGUCUGGACUCCACGAGCCCCAAGAAGCUCAACCUCGCGCUCAUCUACCUGCCGUACCUUGUGAUUCCGCUG